AUGCGCAAGCACAUCCACAGCUAUAUACUGCUUGCGGCGGCGUGUCUGCUGCUGUCUUGCUGGACCGUAAGCGCUGUCGUUCUACAGAGACUGAUCCCGCCAAGAUCAGCUUCCAGUCUACCUACGUUUGAACAACCUUUCGCCCUCUCAUCGUAUCUUCAAAAGGUGUUUGGCUCCUCUGUUCAGUCCUUCCUUGGUGUGAAGCAACGCAAGUAUACGGGCACCAAGGCUUUUGGCCUGAGGGAAGCCUAUCACCAGGGCAUCGGUGAUAAGGCCCACGAGCGUGCCAAGGCCAGCUUCGAUUUCAGAAUCACUGCAGACGACGUUCGAGCCAACCAGGCUGGCAUCGACUUUAUCCCCGCCAUUCGAACCGUACAACAGCGCAUCACCCGCGCCAAGGACCCGAAACGGUACCUCGAGGUGAGGGGCCAGUCGUACAAGGAUGCCGUGUGCGCAGUGUCGACAGAACUAGACUGGGAAGACGUCGAGGUCGAGGCGCCCGACGUGUCGGACCGCACUACGGUGCUUGCACUCGCCAAGAUGGCAGCGGCAGCGUACAAGAACGACACUUCCGACUGGGACGGGAUCGGCGGAUUUGAUCCCUCCAGCUCGUUUGGCUGGGAGGGCGAUGGCAUCCGGGGCCACAUCUUUACGACGCACGACAACGACACGAUCGUCGUAGCGCUCAAGGGAACAUCAAACGUGUUUCUGGGCGGUGGCGAUACCGCGCGUCGGGAUAAGACCAAUGACAAUCUCUUGUUCUCGUGCUGCUGUGCGCGCGUCUCGUGGUCGUGGUCAACCGUGUGCGACUGCUAUCAGGGCCACGGCGACCAAUGCGGGCAGACAUGUUUGGAGCGCGCCCUCAUCGAAAAGUCGCUCUACUACCCGGCCAUCACAGAUCUGUUCAACAACGUCUCGUACGCCUACCCGGACUCGCAAAUUUGGAUUGCAGGCCACAGUCUGGGAGGUUCCCUUUCGUCGUUGCUUGGCAUGACAUUUGGAGUCCCCACGGUCACGUUCCAAGCACCCGGUGAGCGCAUGGCGGCGAUGCGACUGCACCUGCCACUGCCACCGGCAAGACAUCCGGACGAAAGUCCGGUGGCGGCCUUGCCCAUUGUGCAUGUGUACAACAACGCAGACCCCAUUGCUACGGGACAGUGCAACGGUGCUGGAUCGCUGUGUUCCAACUUUGGAUACGCGAUGGAGUCCAAGUGUCAUGCAGGCAAGAGUAUUGUGUACGACACGGUGGGCAAGCUGGGUUGGUCGAUGUCGAUCAACGCACAUCGCAUCAACUCGUUGGUGGACGAUGUGCUGACAGAGGACUGGAGCGAAAAAGUGCGCAAGAAGAAGGCCAAGCUGCGCAGCGAGGCCUCUAAAGCGGAAAAGCAAGAGGGUCAAGUGAACACCAGCGGCUGGAGGUGGCCAUGGCAUCGAGGCGACAGUGCGGAUGACGACGGCGACACGGACGAUGAUACCGACGAAGACGACAAGCUCCCCGUGCCCAAAGCCAGAUCUGAGGAAAAGUGUCAGGACUGCACCAACUGGCACUUCACCGACGAUACUGGGGAUGGGGGGCCAUCAUCGCCCUGA